AUGACGGAGCUGGUCCCCCGGUCCGUCCGGAUCCAUCACGACUCAUCCGGUAGGAGGACGUGGCUCAGCUGCUCCUGCAACCCCGAGACGACCGUCUCCGCGACGGACUCGCCUGAAGACGGUGGUGCCAGCAGGCUAGGGGGAGACUUCUGCCCUCACCUCGUCUGGCUGCUCGACCAGGUCCUGGGCCAGACGCUGUAUCACCACAACCGCGACGAGCCCCUCGUCAUGAGGUCGACCGGCUAUGCGCGGGAGCUGGGCGAUCCGUUCGACAGCAUACGCCACCACAGCCUCGAAAUACUGGCCGCCGGCCUGCACUGUCCGCUAGUCAUCGACCCGAGUCGGCGCGACGGCGUGGACCGCACGCGCGCCCUCGAGACAAGGGAACUCCUCUCGUCUGUCCACCACGCCGAGCCGGACCAGUUCCGACCAGACAUUUUCGGUGUAGGCCACGGCGUACCGGCAGCCAUGGAAGAAGAGGGUGACCAAGGUGACGAGGAUCAAGAGGAAGAACGAGAAGAGGAGUACCAUGGCGAUCUGGAUCUCUACAUCGCCCGCAUGCUGCUCGACAACGGCCACCUGUUCAACUACUUCGUCUCUCGCUCUAAGCCGUCCGACCCGAUCAACAACCCCUUUCGCAAGCUCUCCCAGAGAGUCGAUCUCGUCAUGCACAGGCUCGACCAGGUCACUUCCACCGCCACCCGUGGACAGCGCUCCGGCAAGAGCAACGACCCGGACCCGGACCCGGACCCCGUCACGCCUAGCGUCGUGGCCUGGGCAGCCCACCAUGUGGCCGGGUGCGUCCGCCUGAUCCGCUCGGCCGUCUUCUCCCGUCACAGGCCCCUGACGGCUCCGCAGGCCCUCUCCGCCGCCUCGACUCUCGUCCACAUCCUCGAGGCCGUGGCCACGCGCGACCGCGACACGAGGCUGCCGACGCCCCGUGCGCCCCGCGCCGAACGCAACCUGUACCUUCGCAUGAUUGGCGAUAGGGACGACGACUUUGUCCUCGACGUGCUGGGCCUCAUCCCUCAGGCUGCGAGCCAAUUCAUCCACGACCUUGAGCGCCUGCUCGACAGCUACAUCACCGUCCAGGGAGCGCCGACGGCGUACGUGUCCCGAUUCAGAGCUCUUCUGGCCAGGUUGAGGACGUCGGGAACGGGAGCUGGACUCAAGAGACGCGGUCCGAGGGAGGAGGGCACCGGUGCAGAACGGGGACCGAAGAGGAUGAAGUGA